AAGUACCAAUAAGUAAUAACUUAUUACUAAUAAGUAGGCUUAGAUUCUAGAUCUAGAUCCAUAUUCUAAAAAAAAAAGGAUUAAGGCCUAAUUUAAAUAGUUAAGUACUAAAAGUUGCUUUUGUUUAAUUUUCAUCUAAAGCCUAACACUAAGCUUUGAUUCAUAAUAGGCCUAACUAGUCUGAAAUCUUGUUCAUAACAUAUUUUUUUUGUUUUAAUAUUCUGAAUAGGCCUACUUUCUUUUCUUAUUUUAUUUCAAUAAGUUGGUUUUUAUUAAGAGGUCCAUUAGUAGUAAUAUUGCAUGCUUUAAUAUCUUUUAAUAAAUUGUAGCCUUAGUAAGACAAGUUAACUUUUAAAACUAAUUUAUACCAAACAGUAUUUACUUUUUUUCUAUACACUAAACACACUUCGGCCAUUAAUUUUAGUUUGCUGCUAAUAGCAAGUAUGGAAUCCCAAAGCCCAAGUUACAGUUAUGUAGGAUUACUUGAUAGCUUUUCGGAACCCUCAGUGCCUCUGCUAAAUGGAGCUGUAGCACACCGCAUGUAUUAUGCACAGGAUUCAUCCAAGAGAGAAGUUAUAAGGCAGUUGAUAGCUGAGAAUCAUUUGGUUAGGGAGAAUGAUUCAGUGGGUUACAGAAAAGUUGCUAACGCAGCUUUCAGGCUGAUGACAGAGAUAAAAAACAUUAGGAGGCUAGGAAUUAAUAGCUGGAACAGGUUAGUAGAAGUGAUGUAUAGUCCUUUCUAUGUUCAGCCCUUAGAAGUAGAGGAGGUCCUUUCAACAUCAAUGGAGACUGAGCUGCUCGGUGAAAGGGUUGUUAUUGGAGGUAAUGAAAGUGUUGUUGCAGGUGCUUCUGUUGAGAAUGAUCUGCCUGAAGAUUUAGUAACUGAGGAAGUGAGCACAGAAGAAGUAAGUUUGUCAACCACUGUUGAGGAUAAUUUGAAUCAGGGCUUUUUUACAGUUGACGUAAGUAUUGGUGCAGGACCUUCAUCAUCUGAUGUUUAUCAUGAGAGUUUUUCCACAGCUUUAGCACACAUGAAUGAGCAUAAUUAUAGCGCUGGAGGUCAUCAUGGCAUAGAGAUUUCUGCAGCUUCAGAGGAAAGUAGCAGUGUUCAGGUAAAGAGUGGUUAUGACUUAAGAGGUAAGAGGUGUUCCCGGUGUGUCAUUAAAAAUCAAACCAUACUUCACUAUAAAAAUGUUAUAAAAAAAUUAAAAAGUGAUCUUAAAGCCAUUAAGUCACUUAAGGUUAAAAAUUUAACAAGAUUGUUGCAGAGAAAGCAUGCGCAGGCCCAAGAGUGGAAGAAAAAGUACAUGCAGGAAAAAGAAAAGAAGAAGCUACAGGCAAGUGGAAGUGUUGGUGCCCAACAAGUUGGAAUGGGCAUGAGAGGUAAGGAAUUGAUGAUUGCUAGAGUUAAAUUAACCAAAUUGCAAAGAAAAUUUCAGAUUGUUACUCAGCAACAUCAGCAAGACAUUGAUGAUUUAAGAUCCAAAUUGAGAAGUGAAACAUCCAAGUUCAUGGAAGGACAAGACAGACUGGUGGCUGAGAAUAGUAAACUUCUCAAAGAGAUGGAUGCGUUGGUCAAGGAGAAGAAAAAGAUUGAAGCCAAGCAGGUGAUCCUUGAAGCAGAGAACAGAAAGUUAAUGGAAGAGUAUGAGGAAUUGGUGGAUACUAAGCAGGAUGAGGUAGGGGCAGAUAAAGGUAAGUAUGAUUUUAAGGUAAGAAAGGUCACAUAUAAGUCUCUUUUAUAUAAUGUUCCUGUUCGAAAUGUUGGCCAGUUGGCAGAGUAUAUUGCAGAGGCAGUUGGUGAAGAUGCUCUGAAGAUGCCCCACUACUCCAGCAUAUCCAAGAUGGCACAUGAACCUGGAGUCCUUGCAUUAAUUCAAGUAGGAGAGGCUCUUCAAAACUUGCCAGCGACAGAAGCUAGUGAUGGAGCUACCAUGGAGCCAGCUACAGAAGACUAUGUGAUUUCAACUGCAAGGGUAGCCAGUGGUAGAGCUGUAGACUAUGCGGGCCACAUUAUUUCUUCCAUGAAGGAAGUGGCCUCUGUUUACAGUGACUACACUGGCCUGCCAUUUGUUGAGGUGCUGUCGAUGUUUAAAGAUAAGUGUACUUGCAGCGUGACGGACAGGGCGGCGGUAAACACAUGUGUAUUGGAAAUGUUGCAGAGUGAGCUGGAUAUGCAGCAUACAUACACCCGUUAGACAGUGUG